AUGAGCAUCUGGGAGGUGAUCCUGGCUUUCGUGGUGGUGGUGCUGAUGCUCGUGGCCCUGCUGGCCAACGUGCUGGUGCUGAUGUGCUUCCUGUAUAGCGCGGACAUCCGCAAGCAGGUCCCGGGAUUGUUCAUCCUCAACCUCACCUUCUGCAACCUGUUGAUGACUGUUUCGAACAUGCCCCUGACCUUGGCUGGGAUCAUUUACAAGAGUCAACCAGGAGGAGAUCAGAUCUGCCACAUUGUGGGCUUCCUGGAGACUUUUCUCACCACGAACUCCAUGCUGAGCAUGGCAGCUUUGAGCAUUGACAGGUGGAUUGCUGUGGUCUUCCCUCUAAGUUAUCACUCCAAAAUGAGGUACAGAGAUGCUGCUCUCAUACUGAGCUACACGUGGUUACACUCGGUGUCGUUCCCGAUAGUGGCAGCUUCUCUCUCCUGGGUGGGUUUCCAUCACCUCUAUGCCUCCUGCACCCUGUACAACAAGAGACCAGAGGAUAGGACACAGUUUGUGAUUUUCACUGGGGUCUUUCACACCCUCAGCUUCCUCCUCUCCCUUAUAGUCCUGUGUUUCACAUACCUAAAAGUGCUGAAGGUGGCACGGUUUCACUGUAAGCGGAUUGACGUGAUCACUAUGCAGACCCUGGUGCUGCUUGUGGACAUCCAUCCCAGCGUAAGAGAGCGUUGUCUAGAAGAGCAAAAGAGGCGGAGGCAGCGAGCAACAAAGAAAAUAAGUACCUUUAUUGGUACUUUUAUACUUUGUUUUGCACCUUAUGUAAUUACAAGACUUGUUGAAUUAUCCUCCAUGGUCCACAUCAACUCCCAUUGGGGAAUCAUUUCCAAGUGCUUAGCUUACAGCAAAGUUGUUUCAGACCCUUUUGUGUACUCUUUGCUACGGCAUCAGUACAAGAAGACAUGGAAAGACAUCAUAAACAAGAUCCUCAAAAGAAGCUCCAUCAAUUCCUCUGCCCUCACGAGCGAAUCACACAAUCGGAAUAUAUUGCAGCUGAACGAAUGAGGAGCCUCGUAUGGGACGUACAAGACACAUAAAAUGAUAUACGGGAAACAAAAGUAACUGGCCUAUCCCUAGUAGCUAGCCUCAGCUGUCAGGGUUUCGGGAGACAGUCAUGGACACAUUGAAGUGCGGCCCGUGUCCCUCCAGUAGCCCACGUAACACCUAAGGGAGGCAGGUGGCUUUGUACCUCCUGCCUCUGACUAAAAGAGUGCUAUUGAUCUGUGGUCCUGCAGGCUUUGCAAGUACAAAUCUCCCAUUGAUUUCCGUCAGCAGUCACACAUACGUAUAGGGUAAAAAGCUAGUCUUCAGCAGAAAGUCUCAUGAACAUAAUGGGAGCAAAGUGGUGCCAUCAGAAGAUUAUUCUAAAAAGCUGCACAGGAAUAAUUGUGCUGUAUUUUUCACUGGCUGCAGGUAAUGUUCUCACUGAUGGAGCUGCCAACCUGUCUUUACAAA